AUGGAAAAUAAGUUGCCGAAAUUGGUGAAACUUAAUCUGGCGAAUAACAAUUUAAAAUCUCUGGAUUUUCAGGCCGCCCCCAAUUUACAAGAACUAGAUAUUUCUAAUAACCAUAUUUCCGAUGUCGAAGGUUCUAAACUAGAAGGGAACGGCAAAAACUUAAUUAUUUUUCGGGGAGCAAAAAAUUAUUUAAGCAAAAGUGUUUUUAACCAAAUAAAUAUUAAUCCGAAAAAGUUGGAAGAGUUAGACAUUAUGAAUAACAAAUUUCAAAAAGAAGAUGCUGAGGAAUUAAGUCGUUUCACUCAGUUAAAAGUAUUAAGCGUUGGUAAUGGUAAUAGGGGUGGUCUUAAUGGCAAAAUUAAUGAAAUAGGCGGUUCCUUAUACGCUUUUAAAAAUCUCGAAAAAUUAAAAUCAUUAGAUAUUAAACUCAUUAAGUUUGCUAGCGGAGAAACCGUUAGUAGCCCUUUUUUACCCUCAACUAGUGAAAAAAAAUUAAGAAGCCAAUUUUCCGAAAAUCACAGUAUUGAAAGAGGUGUUUAUGAUUUAAAAAAGUGGCGCCAAGAAAGUCCACUUUAUGCGGACUUUCAGAAAGAGCGAGACAAAAAUGCUCACUUGACUAGGUCGCUAACUCAGAAAAAAAUUAUUUCCGCAGUUCGCCAACAAAGAGUCAAAAAUCAGAGUCAGCAAGACCGAGAAAACUUUCUUGACCUA